UCUUAAUAAAAACAAAAACUCUUACUUGUUAACUAUUUUCUAUAAAUAUUUCUACAAUUGAGUUUCAUGAGCUUGGGUACUAAAAACAGUAACAGCGAAAAAGGCGAAAAUAAUGUAAAACAACUUGCUAAAAUAUUUUCGCUAGCUUUGAGAGAUAUUCCUAACUUCUUAAAAGAAAAUGCGGACCUUCUUGUCAAAGUUAUUGAAAAUAUGUGCACCGACGACCCAAUUAUGAUCAUUGAGUGGGCGGAUCCCUUCCCUCGAAAUGGAAGAAAUCAGACUAAACGUUCGCUAAUUAACUAUAUUACAACACAUGGAGGGGUAAACGAAUUUAAUUCCAGAAUAAUUUUCUCUUUCCGAAGUGGCCGCCAACUUACGGAUUGCUUUAACGGCUUGCCAGACUGGUGUAGACAUGAUAGAAUUAAUCUAAAUGUUCUCGACGUUGGAUGUUGUUAUUGUGCUACCAAAGUUACCGAACGUACUGCAGAUCUAGAAAAUUGUCGUUACGUUUUUAAUAUCUAGAUUCAUAUAUUAUAUUAUACAUCUUUAGAAAAAAUUAAUUAAUAAUAGCUAUAUAAAUG